AUGGCUCCAUCAGUGGAAGAUAUGGGCCAAUAUCAAGCCCUUUAUGAUCAUAUUUUAGACUUUAUCAAAAUCAUAGAUGGAGCGGAAGCCACCAUAGAGGAUAAUGGUGGUUGUAUACGAGAGUUUUCAAACAACCACGAUCCAGAUACGCUUCUUAUAUCCAAUGAGAGAAACCAUAAUCAGCAUAAAAUAUAUAAUGCCACAACCUCCAUAAAACCAAUUAUUGAUGAGGUUGAGUCCAUAACAUUCGUUAUUAAAUCGAAAGGAGCGCUUGUGCUGGAUAAACCGUUUGGUUCUCAAUUGAAUAUAAUGAACAUACCAGUGAGUUCAGACGCCAACACCAAAGAAUUGUCCAUUGACGCUUUGAAGUCAGCACUAGAUUUGGGUCUAUUACCUUACUAUGAUCUAAUAACGCCAGAGAGGGGCUCAACUUUGACAAGGAAAAGAUUCAAUGAGCUAUCCCUGGCGUUACAAACCACACGCACGAUUCAGAUACCUAAUCUAAUCUUGACAACUCACCCGAAGAUUAAAAGCAUAAUAUCAGGGGGGGUAGUACUCUCACAAGAUUUAUUUGAUGACAUCGCUUUCAUCAACGAACUUACCACUGUUUCUAAUGAUUGGAUCAACCAGGUGCAGUCUAUCACAAAAAUCGCACACUCCACGUUGGAUAGUACAUCCUUGCGGGAUGAAAUACAAUUUUGGAACACAGUAGAAUUAGCAUUGGCAUCGAUUGACAAACAGAUAAAAACUCCAGAGGUUACAACAACUUUGGAAGUCUUGAGCAAAGCACGCAAAUUCCAUGUCACUUUAAGUUUUGACAAUGAUAUGGGCUUGAAAGAAAUGGCUUCAACUGCGGCAUCAUAUAGGGCUUUUUUCAGAGAUAUACCAAUCGACAAGCUUUUGGACGGCGAAAAUGCAAAUUACGAAUCAUUCAAGAACGCAGUAUAUGAUGUAUUGUCGCAUAUAAAUCAAAAAUUGUCACUAUUGCCAAUAUCCGCAGGAGUUGAUAUUGUUCAAUUAUUAUUAGUAGAUGUUGGAACAAAACUCCGGGAGUUGAUUUCCAAGCACGAGAUUAUGUCUCUAGGGUACACCUCGUUCAUGAAUCACCAGUUGAUUGUAGCUAAGACCAUUGAGUCGAUCCAAGGUAAACUCAAAUUAUCGACAACUACGUUAAGAGAGCUUGCUAGGAGACGUCAAGAAAAAGCCAAACUGGUUACCAUGGACAAAAUAGAACUCGAUGCUAUCGAUUCCAGGUUGCAGAUAUUGACCACAUUUCGUAACAACCAUGAAAGAUUGAUACACAGUGUUGAGAAUGCACUUGCUGGUGAUGAAAAAUCAAAGUGUGUUAGAGAUCUCCUUGAGGCGUACAGCAAGUACAUCAUCCCCAUCAAUAUCGUUGACGUGUCACACGAAGGAAAGUUGGUUUGGAACAUGCAUGAAAAUGCUUAUAGGCAAGUUUACAAUUCCAUUUUCACAAGUGUUGUAACCAAGAUUAAUGGAUUUUUCAACAAUGCUGAACAAUUUUCGGACUAUUUAAAUAUAUACCACCAAUAUUUCCCCAACUUAGACCCUGCGAUGGAUGGUACUCCAUCGUUUAUGACUAUCCAAGAUAAUCAUAAGUUGAAAAUUCUUGACCGUGCAAUGCUUGAAAUUCAAUGGAUAAAAGAGGGCAUCAAUACUCCCAUGAACUGUGAUUAUACAAAGGUAGUACAUAACAUCGGCUUGAUAUCUAAGUUGAACUUUUACCGCGAGUCGCUAAAUGCACUUUUAGGCGCAGAUUGGAUCAACUACUCUGUUGGAUCAAAAAUUGAUGCUUUAACGAGCACCUUAAUUGCCAGUUUAAAUCCAGAGACGGCAUUUCAAAGAUGGAUUGCAAAUGACAAAGUUCAAAAUCCCAAAACAAUGGGAGUAGUUUUGAAACAAUCUAAGCGAAAUGAUGGCAGGUACACACUAGAACUAAAUGCAGAUUUGGAAAAGCUUCAUCUGUAUGAAAAAAUACUCAUUUUGAAAAAUUUGGGGUUGAAUGCUUCCUUCUUGCUACCUUACAAAAAACAGGUCGCAUUAUUUCACAUGGCAAUUGAGAUUCAAAAUAUAAUCACCACGAUCACUAGAGCUUUUGAAAUAACUCCCAAUGAGAGAACUCACGUAUUCGAAUUUGUUUCCGAGGAUAUGUAUAAACUCGUCCCUUUGACGAAACAACUUUCCAAAAUAGAAUGGAUACAUUUGUCGCAAGCAAUUGAUUUGGUCCACCAAAAUGAUGCUGUGUUGAUGAGGAGUGAGUGCUUGGUAGAGAUGCAGGCUUUAAAUUGUUUACAAGAAAUGACUCAGCUAUUGAUGCACAUUAAUACCCAAAUCACCAAACUCCAAAAUUUUUUCAUUUUUAUGGAAGGAUGUUUGUAUGAGCUUAAAACAGUACAUUUUGUUGCGGAACAUUUUCUGGAGAUUUUGAACAGAUUGCUACAAAAAUUGGAGGAGAUUACUUUGGAUGGAAUUACAUUAGUUGAUAACUUGAAAUCCUUGGUUUAUUGCGAAAUUCAAUCUUGUCUAUAUGAAAGGUUGCAUGACCAAAUGACAAUAUUUUAUAAUGUAUUAUCCUCAGAAGCGUGGGAAUCGUCUGACAAUUUUGAAAAGGAUGUAUCAGAAUCUUCCUCCUAUUUUCACACGUUAACAUUCAAUGAGGGGGUAAUUGUAUCCAGUCCUUUAUUGAAAGAUGGCAGAAAUCAUUUGUUUAUGAAAGUGAACCAACUUGUGGCGAUUGUUGCCGAUCAAGAUUUGAGCAUAAUAAGAAGAAACACGAUGCAAGCUACAAUGGGUAAACACGACACCAUUUCUGGCUCUACCGACAAGAUUUUGAAUCUUGUCACCGAAAAGAUUGAUGCAAUUUAUACCGACAUUGAAAACUAUUUACGCAAAUGGAGAACGAUUCAAAAUUUGUUGGACGCAGGUCUUGACGAGGACAUGGAUUGUAUAUUUUCUGGAAAUAAUAUCGGUAGCUGGUACCAGAGUUUACGAGACAUUUGUGAUUUUGGUAAAGUAUUUGAUGAGCCUAGGGUAGCAUUUGGUGGAUUAGUGAUCGUUGAAACAAAACAAGUGCAAUCAAAAUUGUCAGUUCUUUAUGAAACUUUCAAAAGAAACUUGACUGCUCAAUUUUCAGUUAAGUUUGCUCAAGCUAUCAGAACUUUGGGGUUGCAAAUUGAAACUGCACAAAAAAGGUUGAAUAAACGUCUCAAUUUCAAUCUGGCUGGCCGUCAACUUGUUUUUGAUUUGGGUGACGUAAUUCAGAUUAGUGGCGAAACUCAUGAAUGGGAAAGGUCAAUCCUCUUAUUUGCUACGAUUGAGAAAUUCAUCUCGAAACAUCGUUUCAAAUUUCCUCCCGAUUGGUUAUACACGACGCAAUUGGACAUGGAUUUUUCAAAAGUGCAAGCUUUAUUGAAAGAAAAGAUUCAAUUGGUUGAGAGGAACAAAGAGUUGGUGUCGUCAACCGUGAAGCAUGAGUCAUUUGAAACGAGUAAGGCUGUAAGAGAAUUGGGCGAUGAAUGGGCAAAAGCAAGACCAGUUGCUGGUGGCUUGAGGCCAGCAAUCGCUCUCCAAUGCUUGAACGAUUUCCAACACAAGUUUCAAGACUUGCUCUCUUAUGGGAAGUUACUUAAUGAAGUUGCAAAAACCAUGAAUAUAGAGCCACCAUUCAAUUACGAUAUGCUGGAAGUAAUGGAUGACAUUUUAAAUCUCAAACAAGUUUGGUCCUCUGUGAAUGUGCUAUGGGAAGAAUUACUGCAAAUGAAGCUUACACCGUGGAGGGAUUUGAAUCCACAAGAAGUAAGCCUGAAGUUACACAAUCUUUCAAGUUCAAUUAAAGAACUCCCAUUCAGUAUUCGACAAUACUCAGCAGUCGAUGAGCUUCGAGAAGAAGUCAAGAGAUAUUUGAAAGUACACCCAAAAGUGUUGCACUUGAGCAAUUCAUCCCUCAAGGAACGCCACUGGAAGAAAAUUAUGGAUCAAUUGUGUCCUUCAACAAAAGCUACAAACUUUACUCUUGGCAUAGUGUGGCAGUUGAAUAUGGAUAUAAAUUUUCAAUUGAUCCAGGAUGUUUUGGACCAGGCCCGCGAUGAACGGACAAUUGAGGAAAGUGUUGAAAAAAUCGAAGAAAAUUGGUCUGGAACAUAUUUUGAGUUAUUUAACUACGAGAAUAAAUGUCGUUUAGUUAAAAAUUGGGAUUCCGUAUUUGAUCAAUGCGAAGCAGACCUUGAGGUCAUUAACUCAAUGAAGAAAUCCCUAUACUACGAUACUUUUGAAAAAGAAGUGUCAGAAUGGGAACGGAAAUUAAACACCCUUCACUCAGUAUUGGACAUUUGGGUCGAAGUUCAACGAGAGUAUAUUCACCUAGAUGGAGUCCUCGGAAAGGAUAAUAAUGAAGUGAGGAACUUGUUGCCCCUUGAAUAUUCUCGAUUCCAAAAUUUAAGCUAUGAAUUUAUAUCCCUAUUGAAACAAAUUUACAAGUAUGACCAAGUUAUUGAUGUUAUCAUGAUUGGAGACAUACAAGGUCAAAUGAGCCGCUUUUCAAGCAGUUUAAAGAGGAUUCAAAAGUCUUUAUCAGAGUAUUUAGAAAAACAACGAGACCUAUUCCCCCGCUUUUUCUUUUUGGGAGAUGAAGACUUACUUGAGGUGAUAGGCUUUACAAAAAAUAUUACUAGAAUCAAUAAACACAUAAAGAAGAUGUUUGGGGGUGCCGCAAGAAUCAAUUUCGAUGAUACUUGCCAUUCCAUUAUAAGUGUGGAUAGUGAAGAGGGCGAAACAUUGAGAUUGGUCGAGCGAGUUUCAUUGGUGAAGUAUCCAAUGCUUCAUGAGUGGCUCGUAGAGUUAGAGCUUCAAAUUCAACAAUCUUUGAGGCACCAGCUUUGCUCGAAUUAUGAGGCGUGGGAGACUUUUGUCAGAAAUGGACUGGAAGCUGAAAUGCUUGAACUCAUAAGUGGAACUUCUGGCCAGAUUUCCAUUCUUUCAGUUCAGAUCAUUUACACCGAUUGGAUUGAAAGUUCCAUCCUGUCUGAUAUGAAUGACAUUGCCACUCGAACUGAUGAGCUAAUCCAGUUACUUACGCGGCUACUCAAAAUCUGUCCAGAUGCGAUAUUACGAAAAAAGUCACAAAACCUUAUUAUUGAGCUUUUACAACAAAAGCAGCUCAUUCGUACACUUUGUGCUUCAAAUAUAGAAAGCAGAAAGGCGCUGUGGGCUGUACAGCAAAAGUUUUAUCUUGAAAAAAGCACAUUCGAGGUAGUGAUGAAACAAGCUUACUCCACGUUUGAUUAUGGAUUUGAAUACAUGGGUGUUCCUGAGAAAUUGGCUUACUCUCCUUUACUCAACGACUGUUUUUUGAACAUGAUACAGGCCUUGUCUAUGAGAUUAGGGGGCUCGCCUGUUGGACCGUCGGGUACAGGAAAGACGGAGUCAAUCAAAGCGCUUGGUCAGAAUUUGGGGAAAAUGGUUGUUGUUUUCUGUUGUGAUGAACAAUUUGACUAUCUGUCCAUGGGAAGGAUUUUCCAUGGGCUAUGCAGAGUCGGUGCUUGGGGUUGUUUUGAUGAAUUCAAUCGAUUGGAAGAGCGAAGUUUGAGUGCUAUAUCCUCACAAAUUGAAACGAUUCAAGACGGGCUUCAACAUCCACUGGAGCUGAUUGAAUUGUCGGGUCGCUUCUUGCAAGUUAAUCCUGACACUGCUUUGUUUGUCACUAUGAAUCCAGGGUAUGCUGGUAGAAACGAGUUGCCCGAAAAUUUGAAGAAAUUGUUCAGAACAUUUCAAAUGGUGCAGCCUGAUGUUCAAAUUAUCAUUGAAGUAUUGUUAACUUCUAUCACGUUUGCGUUUGCUCAAGAAUUGUCCGUAACAAUUACUCUGUUCUUUACGGAAAUUGCAACAAAAGUAUCUAACCAAAGACAUUAUGAUUUCGGGUUGAGAGCGAUAAAAACAACACUCGGAUUGUGUGGUAAAUUGAAGUACAAGGACAAUACUGAAGGUGAUAAAAUAAAGUCAAAAGAGUACGAAAUCGUUAAACAGAGCAUACAUGAAACGGUAUUGCCAAAGUUGACUUCUAGCGAUGUGGAAACGUUUAUGCUCUUACAAGAACAUUGCUUCCCCAAUGUGAAAAUUUCAUUAGGAACAACCGACUUGUGUUUGGAAUUGGAAAAGAUAUGCAACGAGAUGGGUUAUCAUAUCAAUCUGGGUAUUGUUCAGAAGGCUUUGCAGUUAGCCAGCAUUCAAAGAUCCAGUCAUGGAAUAAUGCUUAGUGGAGAAUCUGGAUCAGGGAAAUCAACCGUGUUGAAAAUGACCAUGAAGGCGUUGAUGGCGCUUGAGGGUGUAGAACACACCUCAGUCAUAAUAAGUCCCAAAGUAUUUUCCAAAGACCAUUUGUACGGAAAAUUUGACGCCCUUACUAAACAAUGGACUGAUGGUUUAUUCACUAAUGUGUUUCGAAAAAUUCAAGAAAAUUCAAGAGGUGAAUUGGGGAAGAGGACGUGGAUCGUGCUUGAUGGAGAUGUUGAUCCUAUAUGGGCAGAAAACCUCAAUAGUGUUUUGGAUGACAACCGGGUACUUACUUUGCCAACUGGAGAGCGUUUGGUAUUGCCCUCGUCUGUGUCAAUUGUGUUUGAAACCACCCACUUGGAAAAUGCGACCCCUGCCACCAUUAGCAGAUGUGGAAUGAUUUGGUUUGAUAGAUCGUUAGUGACCAACAAUGAUUUGUGCGCAGGUCUUCAUUUCCGAUUGACACAUAGCAACAUUCGCCUUGAAGAUGAGAGUCUCCAGAACAAGCUGCAUCUAUCCUCGUUGACAAAGGAGUUAAUGGGCUACGUCGUUACGAUAUUGACACCUAGUUUGAUAGAGCGUCUAGAUGCUCGUAGUAGGGAAUUGGAUCACGUUAUGUACUAUUCUCGUGAAAGAGCUAUCAAUAGUUUACAAGCGUUAGUCAUCAACUAUAUUAAAAGCUUUUUGCAAAAAGCCACAACAUUCAAGGUUGGCUCUAUGCAUACGAAAGAGUAUGCUGGUAAAGUGGUGGCUUUAGCUAUGAUUUGGGCAUUUGCAGGUGAUUGCUCUUCUGAAGAGAGAUUUCAAUUUGGGCACGAAAUGACGGCGCUCAGCGACUUUGCCUUCUUAGACUUUCCAGAAGGAAAUAUUUUGGAUUAUGAAGUUGGCUUCCCAGAGGCGGAAUGGAUUCCAAUAGAGUCAAAAGUUGGAACAUUGAAUUUACAACCUCAAGAGAUCACUAACCCAAACAUUAUCGUACCCACUGUUGACACAAUAAAACACGAGGCUUUGAUCUAUGCCAUGAUUGAAGAGCAUAGACCUUUGAUAUUGUGUGGUCCUCCUGGUUCUGGAAAAACCAUGACUUUAUUCAAGGCACUCUCCAAAUCUUCACAGUUUGACGUUCUUGCACUCAAUUUUUCAAAAGAAAGUACUCCACAAUCUUUACUCAAUUCCAUGGAAAACUUUUGUGAGUACAGACGAGUGAAUGGAGGAGUCUCACUUUGCCCUAGAACCAAUGGGAAAUGGGUGGUUGUGUUUUGUGAUGAAAUAAAUUUGCCGGGACUUGAUAGAUUCGGCACGCAGACGGUGAUAUCAUUGAUCAGGCAAAUGAUUGAACAAAAUGGGUUUUGGAGACCAAAAGACAUGCAAUGGGUGACCCUUCGCAAUAUACAGUUUGUUGGUGCAUGUAAUUCUCCUAAAGAUCCUGGUCGAUAUGAAUUGAACCCCAGCUUCUUGCGCCAUGUAUGUUUGGUGCAAGUGAAUUAUCCUGGAGAGCUAUCCCUACUUCGAAUAUAUCAAACGUUAAAUGACGCAAUUUUCAAAUGUGCUCCAAACAUGAAACCUUUUGUGAACCAAGUAACACGUGCUAGUAUUGAUAUAUACGAGAAAUCGAAAUCAAAACUAGUGAAUUACGUAUACUCACCUAGAGAGUUGACUCGAUGGAGUAGAGGCUUAUUUGAAGCGUUGAAAAGUAUUGAGUAUAAAGAUUUAACUCAAUUUUUGCGUUUGUGGUAUAACGAAGGGUUGAGAUUGUUUUAUGAUAGAUUGACUAGUGACCAGGAUAAGCAAUGGACCAUGGAUUUGUUUCAUAGCGUUUGCGCAACCCAUUUUCCUAAUGUCGAUUUGGAAGCAUGUUUCAAAGCUCCUGUUUUUUUUAGCGAUUGGAUGACGUCGCAUUACCAAUCAGUCAACAGUCAAGAGCUCAAACGCUUUGUUAACGAAAGAUUGAGGGUCUACAGUGAAGAAGAAAUUGAGUCUGAUUUAAUAUUGCACGAAGAAAUGUUGGAUCACAUAUUGAGGAUUGAUCGGGUUUUAAAACAGCCCCAGGGCCAUUUGAUACUUGUUGGACCAAGUUCAAGUGGUAGAACAACCUUAUCGAGAUUUGUCGCCUGGAUGAAUGGGAUAAAGAUAGCCCAAUUAAGUGUCAAGACUGGCUAUAGCAUUGACGACUUUGAUGAGUUUUUGAGACGGUUGCUAUUACGCGUGGUAGAUGGAGAGAGAAUAUGUAUGAUUGUUGAUGAAUCGAGCAUUGUUGAAGCGUCAUUCAUCGAGAGAAUGAAUGUUUUGUUAGCAAACGCAGAAGUUCCAGGAUUAUUCGAGGGGGAAAACCAUGCUUCUUUGAUGAGCAAGUGCGCGGAAAAGUCACAAUUACAGGGGUUGUUUCUCGAUUCAGAUAGUGAAUUAAGUCGUUGGUUUACUGAUCAGAUAUCGCAAAACUUGCAUGUCAUUUUCACAAUUGGUGAGUCCCAGAAGGGCAAAGGCAGCGAGAUUUUAUCAUCUCCAGCCUUGUUCAAUAGAUGUGUUUUGAGCUGGAUGGGUGAAUGGUCUAAGUCUUGUUUGUUGAAUAUUGCGUCAUCAAAAUUAAACAAUUUGGUAUUGGACACGUCAAGAAUUACGCUUGCUGAAGAGGACCUGGAAAAGUCGAAAAGUACCAACAGAGGCUAUAAGGAACUUGUCAUUGAGUACUUGGUAUUUGUUCAUUAUACUAUUAAAAAUUUAAAUUUUGCCCAUGAAACCAAUCACCCUGGCAAAUUUUUGAGACUUCUCGAAACGUUUAUUACGUUGUGUGCUCGAAAGAGAGAUGAGGCAGAUGAGAGACAAAGACAUGUUAUUGUUGGACUAGAAAAGCUCCAAGAAACUGUGAUACAAGUAGACAAGAUGAAAUCGUUUCUAGCAUCGAAAGAAAAGGAAUUGGUGACAAAGGACUAUGAAGCCAGGCAAAUGUUGAACCAGAUGCUCGUGGAUCAAAAUGAGGCUGAAAGGAAACAGGAGUUCUCUAUAGAGACACAAGCAGAACUAGAGAAGCAAGAGGCACGCAUUUUUCUGAGAAGAGAGACUGUUUUGAAGGAACUUGCAAUGGUUGAGCCAGCAGUUCUUGAAGCACAGAGAGGAGUUCAAAAUAUAAAGAAACAGCACUUGACUGAGAUUAGAAGCAUGUCGAAUCCUCCUGCGGCGGUGAAGAUGACUAUGGAAUCUGUUUGUGUAUUGUUAGGAUAUCGCGUGUCAAGCUGGAGAGAUGUACAAUUGGCAAUUAGGGGAGAUGAUUUCAUUCCGAACAUCGUGAAUUUCAAUUGUGAAUAUCAAUUACCAAUCGAACUAAAAGAAUUCAUGGAACAAACUUAUUUGUCGCGACCAGACUUUACUUUUGAAGUUGCCCAUAGAGCUAGUAAGGCUUGUGGGCCGUUGUUAGAAUGGGUCCGAGCACAACUUGCGUAUUCCCUGAUAUUAAAAGAGGUUGGUCCACUACGCGACGAAGUGAAUAUGUUAGAACAAAGAACAGCUAAAACAAAGGCUCACUUGAUUGCCAUUGAUCAAAUGAUUAAAGAAUUGGAGGUCAAGAUUGACCAGUGCAAAGAUAGCUACAGUGAAUUGAUAAGAGAGUCGGAGAAAAUAAAAAUUGAGUCAGCUGAGGUGCUGCAAAAGCUUCUGCGCAGUAUUGCAUUGGUUGAAGAUCUUGAAAAGGAAAGAAUAAGGUGGAAGGAGUCAAUCAGACUAUUCGAUCUAACGAACGAACAGUUGGUCGGUACAGCUUUAUUGUGUGCGUCAUUUGUAUCGUAUGCCGGAGCUCUAGAUGAAAAGGGUCGUGAUUAUUUGCUCAAGGUUUGGAAGAAAUGUCUAGCCGAUUUGGACAUUGCAUAUGACGAAACUCUACCUAUCGUGGAUUACUUGAUGAGAAAAGACGACCUUCAGCGUUGGUUGGAGAAUGGGUUGUCAGAUGAUAAUUUGAUCAAGACAAACGUUGCCUUAUUGAGUUGGGUCGAACAUCCAAUUAUAAUCGAUCCAACAGGGACUAUCGUGGACCUUAUUGUUAAGUCAUAUCCAACCAAGAUGCUUUCAGUGACAGCAUUCAACAAUGAAGGUUUCUUAAACAGUUUGGAAAACUCGUUGCGUUUUGGUGGGGUGCUUGUCAUAGAAGAUGGUGAACAAUACAACCCCAUUGUCGAUGACUUGUUAAGACGUACAAUCCAUAGAAACGGCGGGAGAAUGAUGGUUGAACUUGGUGGCAAACUUGUGGAUUAUAAUCCCCGGUUCAAGAUGAUAAUGUGUACGAAAGAGCCCGUUCUUGAUCUUAGUGAUUUUGUACAAUCAAGAACUAAUAUUGUAAACUUUUCAAUCACAAGUGGAACUUUGGAAAACAGAAUACUGAACAAAGCUUUGCAGGUGUCAAACCCUGAAUUGGAGAAACAAAGAGCGGAAUUGAUUCUUGCAAGGAGUGAAAUAGCAACACGUUUACAGAAUCUUGAAGAUGAGUUAUUAAUGUCUUUGAGCGCCACUACCGAGAGCAUUGUGGAGGACGACAAAAUUCUUGGAACUCUAGAAACAUUGAAGAAAAAUGGCGUAGAUCUCUCCAAGAGACUUGAAAAUGCAAAGGACGUCAUGGCCGAGGUAGAUGGAGUGAGAGAGAAAUUCAAUUCAAUUGCUAGUCAAUGCGUGGGUAUCAAUCGGUUGUUGUGUUCGCUCGAGAAUUUUUCGCAGUUUUACCGACUUCCGAUAUCCGGGUUUUUAAAUCUUUGUUUCGAUGUGAUGAUAGGAAACGACUGGCUGGAUCCAGAAGCAAUUGAGUUCAAAAUGUAUUGUGAGACGUAUGACGUGGUCUCUCCAUCAUUGGCUUAUGAGGAUAAAAUAGCAUUGGCAAUGCUAUUGGUUAUUUUGUGGAACAUCAUUCAUAAGGGGUCGCUAUAUAAAGACGCCGUGAAAUAUAUAUUGCAACAUUUGCUCAAUCAUGAGACUUUGGAGGAAUCAUUCAUGAAUUCUUUUGUUUUGAGAAACCAAGCCAAUGAAACCAACCACCUAAAUGAAGAUAAAAUUUCUGCUGUUACGAGUGCUAUCUCUACAUUGGUCGGGCUGACAAAUAAUUCAGGAGCUCACCUUUUUGAAACAUUUGGUCAGUUUUGUCACCCCCUUUUUCAUAAUCUUCCAUUCGAAUCGAAGUACAAUACGGAAUACUGGCUUGAGAAAUUUCAAUUCCUUUUAGCAUUAUCUCCCUAUGGAUUUGAUCCCACUUUCAAGCUUCUCGAGGUAGCAGAGAUGUUCAAGGAGAAAGCCAUAGUGGUAUCUAUGGGUUCCAAGGAAAGCAUUGAUGCUGUUGGCAAAGGGAUAGAGAAAGCGCGCAAGGAACCAAUCUGGAUCAUUGUGCAAAAUGUUCACUUGGCCCCUACAUGGUUAGCGCAGUUGAAAGUCGUUAUGCCUGAACUCGACAUCCAUCCAAGAUCAAAAUUGCUAUUGACCAGCGAUGCCAAUUCAAGAUUGCCCCAAGUUUUAACUUCUCAGAGCAAGGUGCUUUAUUUUGAACGAGAAACCUCAUUUCAAAAAACUGUUCAGGAGUCUUUUUCAACUAUUCCCACUCGUCUAUUGUCAAGUCCGGUAAAUUUGCAUGUAUUUUUGUUGUUAUCUUGGUUUCACGGAUUAAUCACUGAAAUGUGUCGCUACACUCCAUUUACAUUCAAAAAUAAGUUUGAUGUGAACGACUCAGAUUUGUACUGUGGAAUAAAUGUAGUUGAGAAGACAGUCCGAGCUACUAAUGGACAAGCUGAAUUGAUACCCUGGGAAGAGAUAAGAAUCUUGCUCAGUGAUGUUGUUUAUGGUGGUAAGAUAUCUAAUUCAGAGGAUCACGAAUAUCUUCAAAAACUUUGCAACCACAUCUUCAACAGUAAUUCACUCAGGCUGGAUUUCAAUUUAAUCGAGAAUGAGCUUACAGCUAAAAGCAAUGAAGCUCUACAUGUCCCGGAUAGCAAUACAAUCCUGGCAUACACCAACUGGCUUGAAAGUUUGCCCCAUGAUAUCCCCCUUUCAUGGCUCGAGUUGGAACAAAGCGUCAAACAGUCAAUGACUAGAAAGUCCAACGAAGAGGUAAUAAGGAAAGUCUUGCAGUUAAUAGAUACAGUUUAG